AUGAUUUGCCGCAUCACAGGGCGCGUUCCAUUGCAUUCGCGAGAAGGCGGCGACUUGUCCACCCCGGAGGGGGGUCUCCCCUCCCCCCGCGUGAGAGGGGUAAGCGGGGAAAGUGAGCAGGCUGGCGGGGUCGACUGCCUCUUGUUUCUCGGGCUAGCAGCCGCAGCGGACGGUCCAAUUGGAGAAGUGCUCCGUAUUCCCCAGUUGCUGGGAGAAGAAGAAGAAGAAGAAGAAGAAGAAGAAGAAGAAGAAGAAGAAGAAGAAGAAGAAGAAGAAGGAGAUUUUGGAGGUGUGGAGGAGGCAAACUGCGCCCGACGUCCCAGCGCCCUCGUGCGGCGUCGGACCGCUAACAUCAGCCCAGCGACCUUGAGCUUCGCGCAAGGGGAGGCGAGCGGCCAAGGGCGGAGUUUCCUAUCUUCUGAGACCAUAGUGUCCCUGUCAAUCCGCCAUUUGCACUUUACUAUUCCCUCGUCAGCUGAAGCUAACGGCGCUCCACCCCUAGCUGCGACCGCCGCGCCGCGCCGCGCCCAAGCGCCGCGAGGGUGCCGGAGCCGUGGCGGGGGCGGGGCCCGGCCGCGAGCACCGGGCUCAUUACGGGGCCCAUUAGGUCGAAAUGAAAAUGAAAUGACAGCCGGCGAUCGGCCCCGCUGCGUGAGGGCGCUCGCGGCCGCAAGGGGCGUGCGGGAACAGGGGAAGGCGCGGCGGGGCGAGGCGGGGUGCGGGGCUGGGACUGAGAGCACACAGGGCGCGGCCGCACGCAACUCCGCCCUUCCCCCUGGGCGCUGGGCGCUCGCUCGCCCGCUCCCUCGGUUGGGAGAGUAA